UAUACGACGUGCGAGAAGUGCCGAGCGAUAGCGGAGCAGGAAGCAGCCGACAGGCAGGCGGAGCAGCAUGCACGGGACCAAGCUGCGGUAGAAGCAGCGAAAGACCGAGAGCGCGAGAGUCUGCGAAGGAAGGCGAACCCGAUUAAUAGCGGUGUCGGUGAACGCGAAGUUUUUAUCAUCCCGAAAGACAACGGUGGUUGUUCCAUCAGCGAGAAGCAAGCCAAGCCUGAUGGUAAACACUUUGCCUUCGAUCAGUGGAAAGCAGACGAACCUUUCCGCCAUCUGGUGGACCAGCAGCAGGCGUAUGGGUCCGGCAAUGCAACGUGUGACGCGCGCAGCGACGCGAUUCCUUUUAUAGGCGACAUUUCCGAGGUCUGGCUCGAGG